GUUACCAACUUACCAGAGUGUCGAGUGACUCAUUCGUUACCCGCCGUUAGCAUUGUAGUUGCUGUUACUGGUUACCCAUUAUCUUGGUAUCGGUAGUCGUAUAUGUUUUUUUUUUUUCAAAUCGGAGUUUAAAAUGAAGACUGUUGAUUCUAAGCGGCGCGGAAAAGAGGAGAAAUCAACGGGAAAGGAGAGGGCCAUCAAACUAGCUGCACUUUUAUGCUUGAAAGACUUGGAUGCUCUCAAUCCUUUUCCUGAACCUAAAAGACCUACUAUAUCAAAUCUAGCUUGGAGGUGUUAUCUAUAUAACAAAUGGCUGAUAAUUGGUACAGUUAAGCUGAAAGUAUGCUUGCAGAAUAUUAGGUAUCUGGCUCAUAAGCACAAUACAUCAGGUAACACCACCAGCAGAUUCUUCAAAAGAGAUAACGAGACAGUACCAUUAGAAGUCGGUUUUCUUAAAGAGAAAACUGCAAAGUUUAUGAACAUUGCCCAUGGAAACACUGCGCCAAGCAGAAGUGUCAACCCUUUUCUGGAGACUUGUCAUAAAGGGAAUAGAGUGAACAUUGUACAGGAGAUUGCAGUGGAUAAUCUUGACCCCCUGCUGCCUUCUGUUAAUCAGCCUUACAACAGUCAGGACUCAGAAGAUAUGGCGCUUGUGCAGAGUUUAUGUGCAUCAAAGAAAUUUUGUCCAAUUUUUCCAUCUCAAGUUGUAUUAUCCCCUGUGGCAUCUACUCAGCAAGAGAAAAAUUGCAGUCCAUACAAGUUUCUUGGCAUUCAUAUCUCCCCUUGGAGUACCCAUACACCUCAUCUGUUUUCCCCACCUUUACUUUGAUGAAAAAAUAAGUCACAGGACCUAAUUAAGGAUCUUGGCAACAGUACACUGGUAUGGAACUCCCACAAAUUGAUAUAAAUAUGGAUGAGAAAUUAAGAUUAUCAUUAUACUAAAAAUGCAGCAUUUAUAGAUAAAGUAACUAUUCAGCAGACAUUGGAAGUAGCAAUAAAUAAUUUGGAUGGACUAUCAUUGGUCUACUGUGUAUAGGCUAACAAAUAUUUGGUCAGGGCUAGUUUUUCCUAAGCUACUGCUGCCUGUUUUACUCUCUUAAUUGUAUAGAUGUGCAGUUUGAAUCCAUUGAGAGUCAUUAUGACUAAUCUUUUAAAGUGACUAGACAAGUCAUUGCAAUAUGUUCUUCAGUAAGGAUAAUUAAAUUUUUCUGUAGAACUAGCCAUAAAUUACUAGGCAGCAAUGCAUUAUACAUUGGAUACACUGUUGGUCUCUCGAUGAAAAAAAUUGUAGCAGCCCUGGUUCUUUUCAAUACUACUUGAAAGUAUAACAUGAGCUUCCUGGUUGGGGUUAAGCAUGGGGCCUAGUAUUGUUAUUUGUAAAAUCAGUGUUUGGCGUGGAAGGGUAAUAUUUUUUGGCCCACUCGAUAAAGUAUAACUUAAUUGUAGGAGUUGAACGUAUUUAGUGUUAGUCACAGUGAAGAAAGAUAAACUGGAGUGUACUGUAACAAAUUGUUGGAACUUUGUGUUCUUAUAACAUGAGAAAGGGAUGAAAUAUUACUCCUAGUAAUACCGUUUCCAUUAACUGGAGAUAGCUUAUAUUUUGUUCCUUGAGGAGAUAAUUUAUUUUGUUUUGUUCAUAUGCUUUACUUUUGGUUUUCUAGGAAGUGCAUCAGCCUUGAAUAAAUCUUGAAAAUACAUAGGAAGAA